AUGUCAAACGAGGAAAAGAUUGAAGUUCGAUCUGAUGUCAAGCCAGACGAGGACAAGAAGGAGGAAGCUCAAUUUGAGGAUCAUGAGCAUGUUGAGCAUGAAGAUGAGAUCUCCCCGGAACUAGAGCUGCUAUUGCACACGGAUCCCUCCACUGGCUUGUCUGAUACAGAGGUCGCUGAGCGCACUGAAAAGUUUGGUCUGAACGAGUUGCCUGAAAGAAAACAAAACCCCAUCAUCAAGUUCUUGCUGUACUUUACUGGUCCCAUUGCCUACUUGAUCGAAAUUGCUUGUAUCAUUGCUGCUGUUGUGGGUGAUUGGCUUGACUUUGGUAUCAUCUUGGCCCUGUUAUUCAUCAAUGCCUUGAUCGGUUUCAUUGAAGAAGCAAAGGCUGAAUCUGCUCUGGAUGCACUUCGUCAAACCUUGGCUCUCAAGACAAGAUGCUGGAGAAACGGUGAACUCAUUGAAAUCAAUGUCAAGGAGCUGGUACCUGGUGAUAUCAUUGUCCUUCGUAUUGGUGAUAUCGUCCCUGCUGAUGCAAAGCUUUUGGGUCUUGGUGUCAAUGGUGAAGUCAAUGAAACUGAACUCCAAAUUGAUCAAUCUGCUCUUACUGGUGAAUCGCUCCCUGUGGCCAAGAAGAAGGGCUCUACUGUAUUUUCUUCCAGUAUCGUCAAGCAAGGUCAAAACUUGGCUGUGGUCACCAAGACGGGUAUCAACACGUUCAUCGGACGCGCUGCCAACUUGAUUGCCAUUACAAACGAAGAAGGCCAUUUCCAAAAGAUCAUUGGUAAAAUCGGCAACGUCUUGAUUUGGUCUACUGUUGUCCUUGUGCUCAUCAUCUUGAUCUACCAAUUGGUCCGUUUCCGUGGCACACCUGCUGGUAACUGGAAAAAGGUGCUUGAACACUGUCUUGUAUUGACUGUUGCUGCUAUCCCUGUUGGUUUGCCUACCGUCAUGUCUGUUACCAUGGCCCUGGGUGCCAAGCAACUUGCUCAAAAGAAGGUGAUUGUCAAGCGUCUUACUGCUGUUGAAGAACUGGCCUCUGUCUCUGUCCUCUGCUCUGACAAGACGGGUACAUUGACCUUGAAUGAACUGACUUUUGAUGAACCCUGGUUGUCUGGUGACUACACUGCAGACGAUAUCCUCCUCUAUUCUUACCUUGCUGCUGAAUCUGGUGCUAACGAUCCUAUUGAAUUUGCCGUCCGUCGCGCCGCUGAAGGCUCUCUUGAAAUCCUCAAGACUCGUCCUGCCAAGUCCUUGGGUGUCCCUGGUUACAAGGUCACUGCCUUCCAACCCUUCAACCCCACUACCAAGAUGACUGAAGCUACGAUUCUGGAUUUGGCCACCAACCAAUCUUUCCGUGUCGCCAAGGGUGCUCCCCAAGUGAUUACAAAGCUUGCUGGUGGUAGCAACGAUGCUGUUAAUGCUGUCAACUCUCUUGCUCGUCGUGGUCUUCGUGCUCUUGGUGUUGCCAAGACUGUUCCUGGUGACCUCAACAAGUUUGAGCUCGUUGGUAUGAUCUCUCUUUUGGAUCCUCCUCGUCCUGAUUCUGCUGCUACUAUUCGCGAUUGUAACAUUCUCGGUGUGGAUGUCAAGAUGAUUACUGGCGAUCAGCUCAUCAUUGCAAAGGAAGUCGGUGCUCGUCUCGGUAUGGGUCGUGUCAUCUUGGAUGCUAACCAUUUGGUGGAUCCUACCAAAUCUGAAGAGGAAGUUACUGAGCAUUGUCGUCGUGCUGAUGGUUUUGCUCAAGUGAUCCCCGAGCACAAGUACCGUGUCGUUGAGCUACUUCAGAACAAGGGUUACUUGGUUGGUAUGACUGGUGAUGGUGUCAAUGAUGCUCCUGCAUUGAAGAAGGCUAAUGUUGGUAUUGCUGUUGAGGGCUGUACCGAUGCUGCUCGUUCUGCUGCUGAUAUCGUGUUGCUUGCUCCUGGUUUGUCCACUAUCAUCGAUGGCGUAAAGACCUCUCGUGCUAUUUUCCAACGUCUUCGUUCUUAUGCUCUCUACCGUAUCACCUCCACUAUCCACUUUUUGUUGUUUAUGUUCAUUAUCACUUUGGUUGAGAACUGGAACAUGCCUGCUAUUUUGUUGAUUAUGAUUUGUGUAUUGAAUGAUGCUGCUACUUUGGUCAUUUCUGUUGAUAAUACUGAAAUUUCUGAGCGUCCCGAUAAAUGGAGAAUUGGUCAAUUGCUUACCAUGUCCACUGUAUUGGCUGUUCUUCUCACCGCUCUCUCAUUUGCUCACUUUUAUAUUGCUCGUGAUGUCUUCCAUGUUACUCCUUUCGAGCUGCACUCCAUCAUGUACCUCCACAUCUCCUCUGCUCCUCACUUUGUCAUCUUCUCUACUCGUGUUCCCGGUUAUUGGUACAAGAACAUUCCUCAUUGGAUCUUCACUGUUUGUAUCCUUGCUACCCAAGUGCUCGCCUUGUUCUUCUCUGUUUAUGGUGUCUUUGGUGAGAGAGAAGAAGUCGCUCCCUGUGGUUGGCCUUGGGGUAUUGCUGUCCUUGCCAUCUCUCUAGUUUACUUUAUGAUUCUCGAUGUUGUCAAGGUCUGGCUCUUCCGUAGAUGGAGCUUUGAACUCACUGCCAAGUUGUCUCCUACUCCUAAGCGUAAGGCUAAGCUGGCUGCUCGUGGUAAGGAAGCUCUGCAAAGAGAACGUUUGGAAAAUGCUUGGAAGAAGGUCAUUGACCCCGUUGAAGCUCAUCAAAUGGUUGCUGCCUUCAAGCUUGCUGCUCAAUGA